CACAUAAAUUUGUUCAAUUUAGGCAUUUCUUUUUCAUGUGAUUGAAUAAAUUUAAAAAAUUAAUUGAUUUAACCCGUUUAGUGAUGAUGAUAAAAAAAAAAAAAAAAAGGAUUUUCUAAAAUAAAAUAUUUUUCCUAAAGCGAAAAUUUCUCGAAUAAUUUAUUUUAUUUAUAUUGUAAAAAAAAUAUAUCAUAUAUUUAUAGUAUAUGUUUUAUUCUUUUCAUUUCCGUAAUUUAUUCACCACGGCGCUGCUUUAUUUUACGUACAUAUAAUAAUAUACAUAACUGCGUUAUAUUGCCGUGCUAGCUGCGCGAGCGGUUUUUAAUUAAAUCGAAACUGUGGUUUAAUUUUUUAAGCUGAACAAAGCGAAAAAAAACUACCCACGGGAGUAUAUAAAUAGUAUAUUAUAUAUCAUAUUAUUUAUCGUAUAUUUUACGUAUCGCCAUCCCUGCGCAAGGCAAAUUGCGGCCCCUCUGAUUUCGCGCCACUUUAGAAAACGACACAGAUAGAUACUGCUUGUUCAGCAAGAAGAAAAGUCAAAUCCCCCAGCAGAAAACCUUCUCCCUCUUUCAAAUGAAUCAUAACAAUUCUACUGUGAAAUCAUAUGGGAGAAAUAACUAAUAGAUUUGCAUUCCUUUUUGUUAAAUUCUUCACCUUAGCUCUGUUCAUAUGGACAUGGCAGUACUCCGAUAAGUCUGUCCGCGAUUCCUCCGCUGCCAAAAACCGCGCGCAAAAUGGAAGCGCUCCGAGUGGUCGACCCAACAGAUUGCUCUGCAAAGGGCCCAUUGCCACAUCCACAAACGAGCCAGAAAAUAAAAAGUUAAAAGAAAGAGUUAUAAAAAUAUUGAAUGAAGAUGACAGUAACCUUGGUAAAAUGCUAAACAACUUGGUGCACGAUUCCAGUUUCGAAACGGAAUUUAAUGCAUUGUUACUUGACAAAGGAUUCGAAAAACAGUUUAACGAAUUAGUUAGUGACACCAGUUCGGAAGGAAACAAAUCCAGCUCCUUACAUUCAUUGAGUACCUACGAUGGAGGCGAUCUAACUCCUAUCGGUUUCGCUGACUACCCCGAACCUUUCCAUUCAACAACAGCUAGCCAAAUUCUAGAAACAGAUUUCACUUCCCAAAGUUAUGAUGAAAAUUUAGAGAAAAGAUUCCAUCCAACAAUACCUACCCUAGAAAAUCCACAAUCGUUUAACCAGGAACCAAAAAAAUCCGAAAGCGUUGAUCAACUUAUAGACGAAAUAAAGAAAGCUGAAAAUGUGGAAAAGAUGAUUGAAAUUUUGAAGUUUUAUGAAAAUAUCGAAGGUAUUGUUAAGAUGGCCGAAAAAACACCAAGUCAACAAGGAUCACAAAGUUCGGGAAGUAAAUCACAGGGAGAAUCCUCAUUGGAAACCGUAUUGAAAUCCGCAUCACAUGCAGAUUUGGAGGCUCAACUGCAAGCACAGCUGCAGGCCCAGUUGCAAACGCAAGUUAAGGAACAACCUCCAGUGAGAAAAAAGAAAAACAAGGUAAAAUCGAUAUUCGGACUUAUAUUCAAAUCGAUCAAAAAGGCAGACAAGAAAUACGAAAACCAUUUGAAGAAACUUAUGACUACGAACUAUAGCUUUCUCAUUAAGAAUGGAAAAAUGACAAAGGCAAAAUACUACCUCGACCUUUUGUUAGCCGUUUCGCCAGUCAUUGCUGGUGGUAUCAUUGUGUGCUCUAUGAUAAGCCCUGGUUCAGUAUUAUCCAUCCUUCCUGGCAUCUUUAUCGCUGCCAUAUCCUUGCUUUACUUCAUGUUCAAAAUGUGGAACUGCAAGCGCAUGUGCAAGGGACCAGGCAGAUUUAAGUUCCGCCAAAAGUACAAGGAAGUGAUGAACGUUUUGAAGAAGUAG